AUGGCUUCCUCCUCUUCAACUCGUAUCUGGAACUACGAUGUCUUCCUCAGUUUUCGAGGAAAAGACACUCGCAAAACCUUCCUAAGUCAUUUGCACAAUGCACUUAUCACCAGGGGAAUUGUCACGUUCAAAGACGAUCAGGAGCUCCAUAUAGGAGACUCCAUUUCCGACGAACUCCGCGGAGCUAUCCAAACUUCAAGGUUUGCUAUCGUGGUGAUUUCAAAGAACUAUGCAUCUUCAAGGUGGUGCUUGGACGAGCUCCGGUUGAUAAUGGAGCUUCGGAUGAAGAAGGAAAUUAAAGUCGUUCCGAUCUUCUAUGGGGUUGAGCCCUCUGACGUGAGACAUCAACGUUAG